AUGGUAAAACUACUGACGGUGACUAUUGCUUAAGUGAGGAUAGUGGUUAGCCACAUUUUUCUCAAGUUAGACAAACUGAAGAGACUGCCGAAGAAAGUUGGCUAAAUACCAUUCAUCUAAUUGUUCUGCUGGACUACUCCAGAUUCCAGAUGAGUUUGUUUAUAAGUUUUGUUCUGGAGGUCGGUAAAAUAUUCUGAUCGCUGACUGAAAGGCCCUAGUAUUGAUAAAUAUUGCAGAAACUAACAUUUUGAUGAAAAAUCUAUGAAGAAAGAUGAGAUCCAACUGCUUGCUGAUAAUUAAUUUCAGUUAUGAAAUCCAAAUAAGAAGUGUAAAAUAAAGGAAUUAGCUGGUUUAAAUUGAACCCUCUGGGAAAUGAUCAGUCAAUCACUUGAUCACACAAUGCAUAUGAUUAUUGAUGAUUGCAUUAUUAAUUAUCAGUUCGUGCAAGUUUUGAUAUGCAUACAAUUUUGAUUUUUUCAGUUUUUCCAAGGAUAUGGCUAUCACGGGCAUACAUUUGAACAGACAUACGUAUGUUAUCCUGUAUCUUUUAUUGAUAAGGUAAAAACCUUACGAACUAUCAUUUCUUUUUAUUUUGUGGGUUAGACCAUAAAUAUGUAGUUCUUCAUGUCUGAUGCAUGUUUUUCUCAUGCAUUUUAUCCUGAUGGAAAACAAGUUAUCCUUGGGACUUCCGUUAAACUACUUAUAAGAGGGAGGGCCUCUUCCUGCAUUCACCAUUUAGAAUCGUAUCCAUUAAACAUGUAGGAGAUUAUAUAUUUUUUUAUUGUUUUACUAUUUGGUUUCUCUUUUAUUUUGCAGCCGCAUCUGGAAAGUGGUGAUAAAAGUACGCCGUCCUAUUCACUACAUCUGUUAAUACUAUUUCUGGAAGUUUAGUUUCUGUUGUCGUUCAUAUGAGAUGAUGCUUAUACUUUUAAUGGGCUUUGUUUCAGUUAUAAUGCCACCUUCUGCUCUUGAUCGUCUUGGUAAGGGGUUCUAUUUUUGUUUUCCGGGCCAAAUUUUUACUUGAUGCGUGAUGAUGGAUAUGCCAUUUUUAAAAUAAUUGCAUGCUUUGUGUUGGAAUAAAGCCAUUUAUAGUUAAUUAUGUCCAUUGGAUAUGACGACUAUCUGAUAGUUUUAAACUUCGUUGGAAUUUUUCGGGAAGAAUGUCAAAACAACUAUGCCAGUGUGAAAAUAAUGACAAUUCAGGGCAUAGGAUGAAUGGCGAUGACGUGUUAGACUUAUUGUUUCAUUUUUCUUUGUAUUUUCAUGGUUUUAACGUUUUGUAUUUAUUUAAAUGUUUGAAAAAGCCAAAAUUCGUUUUCAUGAAGUGGAUUGCUGAUUAUUUUGAAAACAGAAAUCUUUAUUUAAAAUUCCGAGUUCAGUUCGCAAUCUUAUGUAUCUUAAGGAUCCUACUUGCGAUGGUGCCAUUUGUCACAUCCCUUCAUGCAAGCAUUGCAAAUAAUCAUUUGUACUUCUAAUUUUUAAAAUACCCUUUAUCAGAUCCUAAUGUAUCUUAACAACUUUUCUCGUGCAGCAACUUUGCACAUUGAUUAUCCUAUGCUAUUUGAGCUACGCAAUUCUGCAGCUGAGAGGAUUUCUCACUGUGGUGUGCUGGAAUUUAUUGCUGAAGAGGGAAUGAUCUACAUGCCAUAUUGGGUACGCAUCCCUGAGGGACAGUUGAUUGUCUUUAUUGUCAUCUAUGUCAUUCUAUGUGAUUAUCCAAUGAGUCUCUCUAUUGGUUGGAUCUUUCUAGAUGAUGGAGAACAUGCUUUUACAAGAAGGAGAUACUGUUAAAGUGAAAAAUGUGACCCUUCCAAAGGGUUCCUAUGUCAAAUUACAGCCGCACACCAAAGACUUCUUAGAUAUAUCAAACCCAAAAGCCAUGUGAGUGUUCUUCUCAGAUGUUGAUAGAAGCUCAACCUUAUUUUACACAAUUGUCAUUAUAUUUUUUAUUUUUUUUAUCUUUCUCUAUAAUUCUUACUAAAGACUAAAUGUCCAUUUUUUACAGCUUGGAGACAGCUUUGAGGAGCUUCUCAUGCUUAACAACGGGGGAUAGUAUCAUGGUGGCAUACAACAAUAAGAAAUACUACAUAGAUAUUGUGGAAACAAAACCGGCUUCUGCCAUAAGUAUCAUUGAGACGGACUGUGAGGUCGACUUUGCACCACCACUGGAUUAUAAAGAACCAGAAAAACCUGCAGUUUCUGCUCCAUUAAGCAAGGCACAUGCUGAAGGUUUGACUUUCAGUUUUUCCCUUUGUAUCUAAUGCUCCGUUUUAGUUGAAUAUUUUCGGGUUUAUGUUGCCGAUAUUACUACAACUUUUCAGAGAAUGAAUUAUUAAUAAGUUCAAUUUUCUCACAUUCUUUCCUUUGUUUACUUGAAUCGGUAGGAAUGUUGAAAUAGUCUAAUUCCUUUUCUUCUUGUGAAUUCCCUGACCUCUCUCUAACCCUGACAGAGGCGGAUAUAAAUUAAAUAAGACGGGGAAUGAACCUAGUUGGGUGUGUUUUGUUCACUUGUCUCUCUCACUCAGUCAAACAAGCUGGAGUCGAGCCUCACCGAAGUUGAUUUGGCUACAAGCUGGACUCUCCACUUGUUUGUUUCAUUUAUCUAUGGUUGUCUGAAUGGUUUUAACAAUUCAGCAGUAUGCAGCACUGAGUAUCUUGAGCAUGAUAUGAUGAUGGAGAGAGAAAUGUUUACCAUGUUGUAUGAUAAUCUUUGUUUCCCUUUCUUUUGGCUAGUGUUUUCAACGAAGGCACACCGUGGCAUCAAGGUGCCCAUGACAUGACAGAGAUGUAGGCAUUAUUUUUGUGUGGAUUAUGAAGGGGAACGGUGUGACUUAACAGGACUCUGUUGUGGUACUGAAGAUGUGUUUGGCAUUUGGCAUGUUAAAUACGAAUAUGAUCGAUUAUAUAGUGGAUUGUGGAGCAGGAUCCAUUUCCGUCUCUUGAUGGUUGUUGCAUCAUGUUAUUGGCUUCCCAAUUAUAAAUAUGGUGUGACCUAAGUUCCGACCUUGAUCAACGAUCCAAUGUUUUCGCCCCCAAUUUUGAGAACAGUUGCCUUUAUCCCAUCCUGUAGGAUGCUCCUGUUUCCCUAAAUUCGGGGGUGCCUUUCAUCCUCUUUUCGCCCUGAUUUAGAAUUCCCUCAACUAUGAGGACAAGUCCCACUGAUUCUUUCCCCAGUUCGUAUAGCAUACAUAUCUGUCAAUCCAGGGUUCUGUUCUUGAUUGUUCAGAAAGCAUUAUCAUUCUUGAUCUUGAAUUUACAUUGCCAUGUUCCCAGUCUAGAAGUGUUUUAGGAGAGUAUAGAAAUGCAUCGCCUAAAUGAAUCUAGAUUUUCUGAAUAUCUUCGUGAUAAUCUUCAUUGUCUUUGGAGAAUUUUUUUUCAUUCUUUUUUUUUUGGCAUACGCCAAAUCUAGUUCCCACCAAAAUUCAUAAGUCAUCUCUUUUUUUCAGCCCAAGAGGAUGUCGUGGAACCUGAAGCAAAAUUCAACCCCUUUACUGGCACUGGAAGACGGUUGGAUGGAAAGCAGCCGCAGCAUCAGCCACCGUCGAUUGCUUCAUCCACAACAAAGGACGACCGACCCAUAGAAGCCAUCAGCAGGAAACAUUCAACUGGCUCCACAUCUGAAACUAGUUCACAUAAACCAGCAGGAAAGCUUGUGUUCGGUUCAAAUCCAACACCAACAGACAAACAGAAGGUAGAAUCUGUGAAGUUCUGUAUAUGGAUAUUUAAUUGUUUGCCCUUUUCUCUCUUCUGGCUGAUCACCUCAAUAUUGAUGAAGCUCGUGGGGAUCUUUUCCUCGAUAAGAAAUUAGCAGGCUUCUGGAUACACAAACUAGAUUUACCUUCUUUUUUUUUGCUUUAUUUUCUCCAAUUUCAGGAUGCAGCAAAAGAGAAGGAAGAGCCUGCGAAGAAAGAAGAACCGAAAUUCCAGGCUUUCACCGGGAAGAAGUAUUCCCUGAGAGGUUGA